UGAUGGAUGACUUGCCACCUCCGAAUCAGAAUCCAAAAGCAAAGAAGAGCAAACAAUGUAAGUUAGCAGUGGGAUCCAUUGAAAACAUUGUAGCACAUGGUGCAAUGUACGAGACAACUUCCAGUGAUGAAGCAAUGCAUACCCAACUAGGAGAUUCUAAUGUGCGUGUCACCGUGAUUUUGUGAUAGUACCAUAUGCUCAUCUUCCCAUACCUAUGCCAGGAAGUGUGACUCUUGUAGGCGAGGCCGUGGGGUAUCAAGUGGCCUGGCCCAAAAACCUCGUGUUGGUUGAUGAUGAGGCAAUGCCGAAACAUCUACCAAAACAAAACAAGUUGAGAACCAAGAGUGAUUUGCCACAUCCGAACCCAAAUCCAAAAGGAAAAAAGAGCAAACAAUGUACGUUAGCAGUGGGAUCCAUUGAAAACAUUGUAGCUCAUGGUAGAAUGUAUGAGAGAGUUUCCAGUGAUGAAACAAUACAAACGCUACCACUGGGGGAUCUUAAUGUGCGGGUGUACGUUGAUUUUGUGAUAAUACCACAUGCCCUUCUUCCCAUACCGAUUCCAGGAGAUGCGACUAGUGUAGGCGAGGCAGUGGGGUAUGAAUUUGGCCUGGCCCAAAAAUCUUGUGUUGGUUAACG